GGGUGGAUAAUUCCGGUCCACCCUCCAGUACAGUAGGUGGCAGUGACGUGCCUUUUCCGCUGGUUUCCACCCUCCAUACCCCCGUCAGAAGAAGAGGAUGUGUCUCCGGGGUCCAGCAGCAGAGCUCCGGGAGUCCACAGUCCGAUAGUAAACAUCCCAUCACGGUGGCUCUUCUGGAGGAAAAGAACCGCAGUAGCUGGGAGCCAUGAGCCGCCCGUCCUCAGAGGGGGCAGGCGGGGGGAAACCAGGCGCGGUGAAGCACGGAGGAUCCGGAGGUCCUGCCGCGUCUGCCGCUAUAUCGGUAGCCGCCUCCGCUGCAGCGUCAACCGGCGUUAGCUCUCUUCCUGGACCGGGGACCUCCGCCGCGGCUCCUUCUUUCUCCCUCACCGUGGGGGGUCUCCAGUCCCCGGAGCUCACGGCCCUGUUUGAGUGCCCGGUGUGCUUCGACUACGUGCUGCCGCCCAUCCUUCAGUGCCAGGCGGGCCACUUGGUGUGUAACGCGUGCCGCCAGAAGCUGAGCUGCUGCCCGACGUGCCGCGGCCCGCUCAGCCCCAGCAUCCGGAACCUGGCCAUGGAGAAGGUGGCGUCCACUCUACCCUUCCCCUGCAAGUUCUCGUCGGCCGGCUGCCUGCUCUCUCUGCACCACAGCGAGAAGCCUGAGCACGAGGAGGUGUGUGAGUUCAGACCGUACACCUGUCCCUGUCCUGGAGCCACCUGCAAGUGGCACGGAGCUCUGGAGGCUGUGAUGCCUCACCUGAUGCACGCCCACAAGUCUAUAACUACACUGCAGGGCGAGGACAUCGNAGCAUUUGAGUGGUUCGAAAUGUUGGGUCCCGAGGCCUGA